UCGAUGGGAGCACAUCUCCUGAUCAUAGAAACUGAAGCUGAACAAUCAUUGAUUCAACGCCAAGCCUCUGGGGAGAAAUGGUGGAUUGGAGGAACAGAUGUUAAUUCUGAGGGUACAUUUUACUGGGAAAACCCUAACAACUCGAUGAAAUUCACAAACUGGUACGCAGGUCAACCUAGCGGGGGUACAAGUGAAAACUGUCUGGAAAUGCUCAUCUUGGGUGGUUGGAAUGACAAAUCAUGUGAUACACCCACUUACUAUAUUUGUGAAAAAUAGACAUAAAGAGAGAAAAAAUCAUAUGAAGGAUAUCAACCAGACAUCUUGUGACAAUUCAGAUAAAUGUUUCUUUAUUCAUUCAUGUUUCA